UAAACCUUUGUUAUCACUUUCAGCCACUAGGGGUCACUGUCCACCUUCGCUGCGGACAUGCAGUGGCAUGCAGCAGCAGCCCGGUCAGAGGCAGCAGAGUGUCGGGCACUCCAGCAGCUCCGCUCCGUAUAUUUCCACUGACCCUCCGUUUUAGGGCUUCAUUCAUCCCAGUCAGAGCUGCAGUUCGGUCUGUCCAGACAGGAUCAGUCCAUUCAUCCCUCGUCUGUCCGUCCAGCUGUACACAUCUCUCCCUCGAUCCAGCGGUGCGCUGCGUCCGCAUCUGCGAAGGUCAGACACAUAAUUUUUGAUCAGCGGACUUGCCAACUUUUUUCUUUUUUAAUUUAUCUCAUCCAGAUCAGCGUUUCAUCGUCGGGAUUUUAUUACUGCAUUAAGCGGUCUCUGCUGCUGGAUGGAUGGCUGACCUCGGAGCUCACUGAUUGGCUCGCUGAGCUUUGCUGGUCGCAGCUGCUGUCAUGGCCAAAAGCCCAGAGGUGAAGCUGGCCGUCUUCGGCAGAGCGGGGGUGGGCAAGUCAGCUUUGGUGGUGAGAUUUCUGACCAGACGCUUCAUCUGGGAGUAUGACCCAACACUUGAAUCCACAUAUCGGCAUCAAGCCAACAUUGAUGAUGAGGUUGUUACCAUGGAGAUUCUGGACACUGCAGGGCAGGAGGACAUCCAGCAGAAGGAGGGCCACAUGCGUUGGGGUGAUGGAUUUGUCAUUGUGUAUGACAUCACAGACCGGGGAAGCUUUGAGGAGGUGGCGCCGCUCCGGAGUCUCCUAGAGGAGGUGAAGAAGCCAAAGAAUGUCCCUCUGGUCCUGGUGGGCAACAAGUCGGACCUGGACCAUGUCAGGCAGGUCGGCACAGAGGAAGGCGAGCGGCUGGCGGCUGAAAUGGCGUGCGCUUUCUAUGAAUGUUCAGCGUGUGCUGAUGAAGGUGGCGCAGUGGCUGAAGCCUUCCAUGAGCUCUGCCGUGAGGUGAGGCGCCGCAAGGCUGUGCAAGGCAAGGCCAGACGCCGCAGCUCCACCACACACGUCAAACAGGCCAUCAACAAGAUGCUGACCAAGAUCAGCAGCUAGGAAAGAGCCACAAUAUCGUCUGAUGCCACAAGAACAGAUAAUGUAAAUGUAAAUGGCUCUGAAAUGGACAAACUGUGACUGAUUUGAUGUGGAAUAUGUUCUUUACUUACUCUCUGAUCAUUUUCCAUCUAAAGAUCCCAAGUGCAAUGUCUCUUUCUUCUGGAAAAGGUUAAUGAUGUUAUCACUGGGAACCUUAACAAAUUAUUUAUCAUCCAAACAUUCAAGCUCAUUUGGAUCAAAAUAAUCCUGGAUACUAGUGAGAUAUGGAACGUUUCGUGAUGAAUCAUUAACAUGGUGAGGUUCUCAACUUUUUCUUUUAUCCUCUCAUCUAACUCUCUUUAAAUCAAACAGUAAUCCAGAGGGCAGUCUGAAAAUUAUGCAUGCAAACAGUCUCAUUUAGCAUGCAGAGAAUCCAAGAAUUUUCUUAUGAGAAGAUUUGUAGCUCCUCUCUGUAUCUUGUCUGUAGGGGGAUGUUGUGAUGUUCUCAGCCCACGUGUUUAACUGUUGUGUCAGCAAAGAAAAAUAAGAUCAGAGAACUAUUAGAUAAAAGUAGAUCCACUGUCUUUUGCCCAUGUCAACCCUAGAAAAAUCCCCAGAGUUGUCAAUGCCUGUCCUUCAAACAAACCUUGUAACAAAGUCCACUAUGUUCUGUUGACAUUAACUGUUCUGCAGAGUGGGAUGUGGCUCUCUGUGUUUGUCCACGACAUAUGAACUCAAGAUCUUUUUCUCAAGGAACCAAAGGACAGGUUCAGAACAUGUCAUGGCUCAUGAGUGAACAUUUUUGCUGUUUUCUCUAAACCUUAGAGAAGCCGUCACCAUCUACCCUGACAUGCCACAUUCCAGGGAUGCUCCCUAUGGUUGUAAUGUUAAUACUGUAAACUACAGUAUGUAUGAUAUAGUAUAUUGCCUUAAGCACUGCUGUGUCUUAGGUGUGUACAGAACCCAAAGGCAUCUACAGUAGUUGAUACUGUAAUUGUUGAAAUGUAAUGUUACUUGUGUGUGACCUGUCUCUGAUCAAAACAACCAGCUGUGCACUUGUAAUUAAAAACUGAGAUAUAUCCCCAA